CUAUAAGCUUGAGCAAUGGCAAAAGGAUACAGUUAUUUUAAAGAAGUACUGCCUAUGAACAUGAUGGCUAUGAAAUGGCUCUUGCUUCUGCUGCUGCUACAGCUGACUUGCUACUUUAGCUCUGGGAGUUGUGGAAAGGUGCUGGUGUGGCCAGUGGAAUAUAGUCACUGGAUGAAUAUGAAGAUAAUUCUGGAUGAACUUGUCAUGAGGGGUCAUGAGGUGACUGUUUUGACAUCUUCAGCUUCCAUUUUUAUUGAUCCCAGCAAACCAUCUGCCAUCAAAUUUGAGAAUUUCUCAGUAUCUUUAACUAAAGAUGAUUUUGAGGAUGCUUUGAAGAAUUUUGUCAGGAACUGGACAGACCUGACAAAUUCAUUUUGGACAUUUCCUUUGUUACUGCAAAGCUUAUUUGAGGAAUAUUCUGAUCUUACUCUAAAGAUCUGUAAAGAACUUGUUUCAAACAAGAAACUUAUGACAAAACUACAUGAAUCAAGGUUUGAUGUUGUCCUUGCAGAUACCGUUGGACCCUGUGGAGAGCUGCUGGCUGAGAUACUUAAAGUACCUUUAGUGUACAGUGUCCGCUUCACUCCCGGUUAUUCAAUUGAAAGGAAGAGUGGGAAACUUCCAUACUCACCAUCCUACGUACCUGUUAUAUUGUCUGAAUUAAGUGAUCACAUGACAUUCAUGGAGAGGGUCAAAAAUAUGAUAUAUGUACUUUAUUUUGAGUUUUACUUCCAGAUGUUAAAUGAGAAGAAGUGGGACCAGUUUUACAGUGAAGUACUAGGAAGACCAACUACAUUAUUAGAGACAAUGGAAAAAGCUGAAUUUUGGCUCUUUCGAUCCUACUGGGAUUUUGAAUAUCCUUGCCCACUACUACCAAAUGUUGAAUUUAUUGGAGGCCUCCACUGCAAACCUGCCAAACCUCUGCCUAAGGAAAUGGAAGAGUUUGUGCAGAGCUCUGGAGAAAAUGGUAUUGUGGUGUUUACUUUGGGGUCAAUGGUCACCAACAUGACAGAAGAAAGAGCCAAUAUGAUUGCAUCAGCUCUUGCCCAGAUUCCACAAAAGGUUUUAUGGAGACAUGAUGGCAAGAAACCAGACACCUUAGGACCCAAUACUCGGCUGUAUAAGUGGGUCCCCCAGAAUGACCUUCUUGGUCAUCCAAAAACCAAGGCCUUUAUAACUCAUGGUGGAACCAAUGGCAUUUAUGAGGCUAUCUACCACGGGGUCCCUAUGGUGGGCCUUCCUUUGUUUGCUGAGCAACCUGAUAACAUCAACCGAGUGAAGGCCAAAGGAGCAGCUGUCAGAUUGGACUUGGAAACAAUGUCAAAAACAGAUUUCCUCAAUGCACUGAAGCAAGUCAUUAACAAUCCUUCGUAUAAACGGAAUGCUAUGUGGUUAUCAACCAUUCAACGUGAUCAGCCUAUAAAGCCCCUUGACCGAGCAGUCUUCUGGAUCGAAUUUGUCAUGCGCCACAAAGGAGCCAAGUACCUGAAACCUGCCGCCCACAAGCUCACCUGGUUCCAGUACCACUCUCUGGACGUGAUCGGGUUCCUGCUGGCCUGUGUGGCAACUGCUGUAUUUGUCAUCACAAAAUGUUUUCUGUUCUGUUGCCGAAAGUUUGCUGAAACAGGAAAGAAGAGGAAAAGGGAAUAGCUGUAUUUGGGUCCCAAAGCAGGAAUGCCCUAUAGGUGGAAUUCUUCCAGCUUAUUUCAACAGGAAGGAGUUAUGAAAAGGCUCCUAUCUUCCUGUGACAAAAUGGCUUUUCACAGUUCAGCACCUCCUUUCAAAAUUUGUUUACAAGGAAUUUUUUAACUGUUUAAGAUUUAGAAAAAUGUCAUACCAAGAUGAAAGCUGAUAAAAAUUAUAUAAAAGUAAA